CGUAGCCAUGAUGGCCUUUCCACUUCUCCUUUUCGUUGUCGCAUUUCUUACUCGGGCCCUCCCAGGCGCCGCGCAGUGGAGCCAGACCGUUUCCAACGGCCUCUAUUACGGCACGCAGGUGGGAAUUCCCAAUCCCAGGCCAACGCUCACGUACAACUGCGCCCUCUUGCCCUCAAUAUGCCAAAAUGUUCAAAACUGGAUCAACCAAGAUCCCGUAAACCGUGCUCUUCCCCGGACUUUUCACGUGGACCCCAACUCGCAGAGGCUCGAUCGUCGAAGGGCAAACUCGUGUCCGAGCGAUUGGAGCGACAACCAUGACUGUCCUGAAAUCUUGCAGGACCCCAUUAGGGCGUGGGUUAGGACGCCAAGGCUUCUAAAGGAUACCUGGGCCUUCCCAAGCACUCAACUCCUCCCCCGUCCGGCGAACUCUGGCUCCGGUUCUGGGGUACCCGGUGCUGGGUUCAAGUACGAAAUAGCCGCUGCCAACCUAGUUGACUCCGCUGGUCUAGCAUACACGUGCGACGAGUUUCCUCCAGCUUCCUGGAUUGAAGGCGGAAGCGACCUGAACGGGAACAGCGCGACAACUAUCUGCGCCCCACAUGGCAUAAGCUGUAGUAGCAAGGAGUGGAAAAUAGUGAAGAGCCUGUACAAUGGAGUGCCAGGGACGGAAUACCCCAGUGCACGAAGCGAACAGGACUGGCAGGCAACAUCUCACUCCCAUCUGUCAGGGUACGCGAGACGAAACCUUCCAGGUCAAAUUAUGCAGUUCGAAUUCCGGACAACGAGUGUGGCCCCAGGCAUCUCACCAAACGCCGCCACAAUCCGUUUGCCAGGACAAACUAUCACCGUUACCAAGCGUGGUGUGGCGGCUGUAGAAACAUUUUCCCACGCUCUCCCCACACCCCUGGCAAGAUCCGGCGUGCAUAUAGAGCUGAUCGAGGAGAUUGAGGUUUCUGAGAUUCAUGAGUUUGCGGCUCCGACACCAACCAGUUCUCCUGACCAUGGAAAACGUGAGAUGGUAAUUGAGCACGGAUUUAAUCUGGUAUGCCCAGUCUCCGCUAGUAUACCGGAGCCGAAGACCCCUAUUUAA